AUGUCUAACUUUAAUUUAGCUACUGAAUUACCAGCUUGGUCCAAAUUACAAAAACUUUACGAAUCUCAAGGUAAAGAUUUAUCUGUUAAAGAUGAAUUUCAAAAGAAUUCUGACCGUUUCAGCAAAUUCUCAAAGACUUUUGACAACUAUGACGGUUCCAAGAUCCUUUUCGAUUUCUCCAAGAAUUUAGUCAAUGAUGAAAUCUUAUCUACUUUAAUCGAAUUAGCUAAGGAAGCUAACGUCACCGGUUUAAGAGAUGCUAUGUUCGCUGGUGAACACAUCAACUCCACCGAAGACCGUGCUGUCUACCACGUCGCUUUAAGAAACAGAGCUAACAAGCCAAUGCAUGUUGACGGUGUCAAUGUCGCUCCAGAAGUCGACUCUGUCUUGCAACACAUGAAGGAAUUCUCCGAACAAGUCCGUUCUGGUGCUUGGAAGGGUUACACCGGUAAGAAGAUCACUGACGUUGUCAACAUCGGUAUCGGUGGUUCCGAUUUAGGUCCAGUCAUGGUCACUGAAGCUUUAAAGCAUUAUUCUGGUGUCUUAGACGUCCACUUCGUCUCUAACAUUGAUGGUACCCAUCUUGCUGAAGUCUUAAAGGUUGUCAACCCAGAAACUACCUUAUUCUUAAUUGCUUCCAAGACUUUCACUACCGCUGAAACCAUCACUAAUGCUAACUCCGCCAAGAAAUGGUUCUUAGAAAACACCGGUAACGAUCAAGCUAACAUUGCUAAGCAUUUCGCUGCCUUAUCUACCAACGAAACUGAAGUUGCUAAAUUCGGUAUCGACACUAAAAACAUGUUCGGUUUCGAAAACUGGGUUGGUGGUCGUUACUCCGUCUGGUCUGCUAUCGGUCUUUCCGUUGCUUUAUACGUUGGUUUCGACAACUUUGAAGCUUUCUUAAAGGGUGCUGAAGCUGUCGACAAGCACUUCGUCGAAACUCCAUUAGAAAAUAACAUCCCAUUAUUAGGUGGUUUAUUAUCUGUUUGGUACAACAACUUCUUCGGUGCUCAAACUCACCUUGUCGCUCCAUUCGACCAAUACUUACACAGAUUCCCAGCUUACUUACAACAAUUAUCCAUGGAAUCCAACGGUAAGUCUGUCACCAGAGGUAACGUUUUCGCUAACUACUCCACUGGUUCCAUCUUAUUUGGUGAACCAGCCACUAACGCUCAACACUCUUUCUUCCAAUUAGUUCACCAAGGUACUAAGUUAAUCCCAUCUGAUUUCAUCUUAGCUGCUCAAUCUCACAACCCAAUUGCUGAAAACUUACACCAAAAGAUGUUAGCUUCCAACUUCUUCGCUCAAGCUGAAGCUUUAAUGGUCGGUAAGGACGAAGCUCAAGUCAAGUCUGAAGGUGCUACCGGUGGUUUAGUCCCACACAAGAUUUUCUCCGGUAACAGACCAACUACCUCUAUUUUAGCUCAAAAGAUCACCCCAGCUACUUUAGGUGCUUUAAUUGCUUACUACGAACACGUCACUUUCACCGAAGGUGCCAUCUGGAACAUCAACUCUUUCGACCAAUGGGGUGUCGAAUUAGGUAAGGUCUUAGCUAAGGUCAUUGGUAAGGAAUUAGACGACUCUAACAAGGUUGCUACUCACGAUGCUUCCACCAACGGUUUAAUCAACCAAUUCAAGCAAUGGAUGUAA